AUGGCUACCGUUCAUCUGAUAUCAUCUUCACUCUUCAUCCAAUCCAGGGGAAGAAGAUACAACUCCAUAUCCUCUUUCAAGAGUCUCCAGAAACGCACAGUUUUGUCUCUCUCGUCUGCUCUCACCUCACAAGGUGGAGAUAUGAUUCCACCAGAGGGAAAAGGCAAUGAUCGCAACCCCAACUUUGACUUCAAGUCCUAUAUGAUAAGUAAAGCCGAAUCUGUAAACGCAGCUCUCGACGUGUCCGUACCGCUUUUCAAACCCCUCACGAUCGAAGAGGCGGUGCGAUACUCAUUGCUAGCGGGUGGAAAACGUGUGAGGCCUCUGCUCUGCAUUGCUGCCUGCGAGCUAGUGGGUGGCGACGAGGCCACUGCCAUGUCAUCCGCUUGUGCGGUGGAGAUGAUCCACACAAACUCUCUAAUUCAUGACGACCUUCCCUGUAUGGACAAUGCGGACGUCCGCAGAGGCAAGCCUACCAACCACAAGGUAUUUGGAGAAGCCAUGGCUGUUUUGGCAGGUGACACACUUCAUGCUUUGGCGUUUGAGACCAUGACGGUCAUGUCAAGUGGGUUCAUCUCUCCCGAGAGGAUGGUUCGCGCUGUUACUGAGCUCGCCGGGGCCAUAGGGACAAAAGGGCUAGUGGCAGGGCAAGUUAUUGACCUAAGCAGUGAAGGAUUAAAUCCAGAGGACGCUGGAUUAGAGCGUCUAGAGUUCAUCCACCUUCAUAAAACUGCGGCAUUAUUGGAGGCAGCGGCGGUUAUAGGGGUUAUAAUGGGAGGUGGAACAGAUGAAGAGAUAGAGAAGCUUAGAAAGUAUGCGAGAUGUAUCGGGCUGUUGUUUCAAGUGGUUGAUGAUAUUCUCGACGUGACUAAAUCUACUGAGGAAUUAGGUAAGAGCGCAGGAAAAGACGCCAUCGCCGGAAAAUUGACGUAUCCAAGGUUGAUCGGUUUGGAGAAAUCGAGGGAACUGGCGGAGAAACUGAGAAGAGAAGCAGAGGAACAGCUUCUAGGGUUUGAUUCGGUUAAGGCCACACCUCUAGUGGCUCUGGCUAGCUACAUUGCCAGCAGAAACAAUUAAUUCUUUGCAGGAAAUGUUGUCUGCGAUCAUUCGUCAUGUUUGUUUCAAACCUACAUAUAAUCAAGUUCCUCUUUUAUGUUCUUAUUUCAUAUAAACAAUAAAAGGUCUAUUGCUUUUC